AUGUCUACACUUCUGGUUAUUCUGGUACUUCUAGCUGCAUCUGAAGCUGGUUUAUAUGGAGGAAUUCCUGCUUAUCCAGGAGGGUAUGGUCACGUUUAUCGACCAGUGUAUCCUUCAAUCCCCACGCCUUACACUUUCAACUACGUCGCCCCUGCCAUUGGUGGCAUCAGCGCACGCCAGGAAUCAGGAAACGGAUAUGGUCGUGUGAUUGGGUCGUACAAAGUUGCCGACGCAGAUGGGCGUAUUAGAAAGGUCCAAUACACUGCUGGCCCCGAGGGAUUCAGAGCUAACGUCUACACAAACGAACCUGGUACCAAGACUAGUAACCCUGCUGGUGUCCUCAUCCAAUCUUCUGCUCCAGAUCCGCCUCCAUAUUACCCGCCAAACAUACCCUACGGUGGUGGUCACAAAAGAAUUAUCAUUAUUCCAGGAAACAAGCCCUGGAAAUACUAA